GUGUUCCUAGUCAGAAAUCGUAAUCAGCCACUACAAGUCGAGCAGCCGUGGCAAAUUGCAUUCUUCUUCGUUAUCGCCGUCAGAGCAACAGGGUCAGCAGAAGCGGCGACGAACGGGUAUCCACACGAGGACAAAUAUUCAUAACAUCCAUGGCGCCAGUUUCUAGAACACGUAAUGCAUCGAAGCCAACGGUUUGUCAACCCAUACGCAAAAAUGUGAUGGUAGAGCUGAAUUUAAUGCAUAACAAAGCAUGUAUGUUGUGUGGACAUAAAGAAAUAAGUGAAAAAUUAUAUGGAUUAUUAUACCAAUUAGAUGAUGUUAUUAUUCAUCAUUAUUGUAUUCUAUUAUCAUCAAGAUCCCUUCAAAAUGGUGCAGACAAUGAAGGCAUUUAUGGAUUUUUAUUAAAAGAUAUUAGAGCUGAACUUUCUCGAGCAUCUAAGCAAAAUUGCUUUUAUUGCAAAAAAAAAGGCGCUUCCAUAUCAUGCUGUCGAGGAAAAUGUCGAAAAGUGUUUCAUCUACCUUGUGGCAUGAAAAACGGAUCAAUACAUCAAUACUUUCAGUCAUUUAAAUCGUUUUGCCAAAAGCAUUGUGUUACGCAAACUGUUAAUUUAUCUGCGUUAAAAAAGUCUACUGCUCAAUGUGCUAUUUGUAAAGAUGCUGUUGUACCGUCCCCUAUACCAACUUCUAUUUGGGCACCGUGUUGCAAAGGUGAUGCUUGGUUUCACCGAGAAUGUGUUAAAGAUUUGGCCUUAAAUACAGGCUACUAUUUUAAAUGCCCAUUAUGCAACGAUGUUGAAAAAUUCAAAUCCAGAAUGCUAACGCUUGGAAUAUACAUACCAUCAAGGGACCCCUCUUGGGAAACUGUACCCAAUGCUUUUGCCGAGCUCUCGGAAAGGCAAAGAAAAUGCAAUAUAGAAACGUGUCUAUGUCCACAUAACGAAGAGUAUCAACUCCCAUCCGGACCAUGGGAAAUUCUUUUGUGCAAUUCAUGUGGAUCAAAUGGAACACAUAGGUUGUGCAGUUUUCUUGAAGCUGAACAAGAGUGGUGCUGUGCAGUUUGCAAAAGAGUUACAGAUAAGGAUGCAGCAAAGAAGAAAAUUAAAUUAGAAAAUUGUAGUGGAAGUUCGAGUAUGUCUGAAGGGCAAGUCUCGACUCACAACGGAGAAGUAUCUCAAAAACGUCAUAGUAUCAUAGAUGAUUCAAUACUUAUAUUGGAUUCAGAUGACAGCAAUGAUAGUAAUAGCAGUGUACAGUGUAUAUCUGACGAUGAACAACAAGUUGAGCAAAUGCCUCAAAUACAGUUGCCAAUAAUAUCUAGUUACGGAUCAAUUCAAGAAGGCUUUAUGAGUGAUUUUUUUAACAGGCAUGGAUAUCCUGUUUUUGCAAACCAUUCAAUGACUCAAGAAAUUACAAAAAAAAGUUUAACUAGAGCAGAUAUAUCAUCUUCCGAAGACUAUGAUAAUGUAAACACCAAGCGGAAGAGUAAGUCUACAACAUUAAAAAAUAUAAUGGAGCCCAAGUCCUCGUGCCCAACUGACUCAGCGUCUGAGGACUAUGAUGACAAUAGUAUCGAUAAACCUAAAGCUAGGAAUACACUAAUGUAUAGUGGAUGGUCACAGUCUCUAAAAAAAAGAAAUUUGGGUUAA